UUCACAUUAAACGAUCAUUUUAAGGGCGAACCAAUCAAACUGCAAAUUUAUACAAAUUGAUACUAAACGGGUUAUAUUAAUUUUAUAACAAAAAUUAAGUGUGUAAAUAAGUUUGAGCGGAGUCGUAAUUAAAACUAAUUGGGUGUAAUAUAGCGAUAAUUAUUUUGUAUUAAGGCGGCUUUUGACAGUAUUUUGCUCUUUUCGAGUGUGACUUUUUUUAAAAUCUGGAAAUCGAAAAUGCAUUUCGGUGUGAAUUGUGCGUGAGUGUGUGGAUUUUGGACAGUGGUCAAGUGAGCUGCAACGAUUGGUUUGUUGUGGUGCCCGGAGGAAGAUGGCGGUAUAGGGCGAGGCCAGGUCUGGCCUUUCGGGGCCAUGCUUAAUAACCUUACCUCUACUGCUUUAGGAGGUCACAAAGAGUGCGACAGCAAGGUCGAACUGAAGCCGAACGUGGAGCGGCAUCAUGCCAGCGGAGCGCGGCUGCUUGCUCACUCCAUACGACAAGAUCACCUGCAAGGUGGUAUACAUCAGCAGCACAGCGGGCAUAUGUCUACAGUGCCCGUCAGUAUGUCUUCCUCAGCAUCCGAUAGCGACAAACCAGCUAAGCAGAAAAGGCAUAGAACCAGAUUUACACCGGCACAACUAAAUGAGUUAGAGCGGUGUUUCACCAAAACACACUAUCCAGACAUCUUUAUGAGAGAAGAGAUCGCAAUGAGAAUUGGUUUGACGGAGAGUCGAGUGCAGGUUUGGUUCCAAAACCGGCGAGCGAAGUGGAAAAAGCGUAAGAAGAGCACCAAUGUGUUCAGAUCACCUGGGUCUUUGCUCCCUUCCCACGGCCUUCCUCCCUUUGGUGCUGGAGACGUUUGCUCACCCGGAGUUUUCGCAGACCGUGCCUGGAGCAUGCCACCUGGUCUAGAUCAGCUUUCCCAGGGCGGCGUAUCGAUGGGCGGAUUCGGUUCGGGCGGUCUGCCCCAGCUGGCAGCGGAUCUUAACCCCUCCUUGCCCAUCAACUCCGUAGGCUCACAGCCCUAUCAGACACACUAUCCGUUAAAUUCAUUGGGUGACACAAUGAUGUCGUACUGCAACAACAUCAACCAGCAAAGCGCGCUGGAAGGCUCCCCUACUCCCCCACAGCCACACUGUGGGUCUAGCGGCUCGCCUGCAGCUUCCGGUAAUGGCGGCGAACAUCCGGAAGAGGAAGUAUGGCGCGGUCACAGCAUCGCCGCCCUGCGCCGUCGCGCCUCGGAACUUUCCGCUGCCAUCCCGCCCUAUCUCCAACUCAACUAUGACGCGCAUAGCCCUGUCUACUAAUCGUAUAGCAGAUAAGCCUACGCAUAUUAUUAUAAUUUAAAUAAUUUUAUAAUGUUAUUCCAAUUUUAAGUUACUAUUUCGUAACAUAAUAAUAGUACCUAAUGAGCAAACAAAGAUUUGGGUCUUCCAAUCAAUUACGGAGACUAUCCGAUAUCAGGAAAGGAUAGAAUGUCAACUGUUUUCAGACAAAACAAUUGAAUGUUGGUGAUUAUCCGUAAUACAUAUUACCACAGUUGGUCGCAACCAUGUUUUAUGUUUACCGGAGUUCGACAAUACAAAAAUCUAUCGUAACAGCCAACGGGACGUAAUCAUUUACGAGUAUAUGUAUAACAGUAGGUAAUUACGAUUGGUAUUUUGGAUUUUGAGACCGGUUGUAGAUAUCGUCGUCAUAUUUCUUAUUU